AUGGGUAAAUUUGCCUCUAAAAGGCGCAAUAAACGGCAAUUCUCUGGAAAUCGUUUUACAAAACAUCCUCGUGUUGAUAAUGAAGAAAGGGGCGAUGUAAAAAUACCAGAAAAAGACGCUGGAAAGAAGAUUUCUUCAGUGGAAGCCGAGACAAAUAAUGAGCACAUGGCUUCCGGAAAUUCGGCUUCUUUUGGAAAGCUGCAACAACUUAUCAACGAAAGAUCUAACUGUAAAACGUUGGAUAAUAGUGAUAAAGGUAUUACUGGUUUCAGACUUUGUGAUAUGGGACUUAUUGCUGAUGUGUUUUGUCUGUUCAAAUGCCCAGAGUGUGACUGUGUUGGUCUUUCCCUUGAAGAAGAUGAUGUAAGUCGCAAAGGCUGUGCCUCAAAGCUUCGUUUAUGUUGCCAAAACUGCAGUUGGAAGCAUCUGUUUUGGACUUCUAAGCGAACAGAAAAAAGCUUCGAAGUAAAUAAGCGUCUUGUUUAUGGCAUGCGUAGAAUAGGGAAAGGUCAUGCGGGGGCCUCGAAGUUCUGUUCUAUUAUGAACAUGCCAUCACCAUUGACAGCGAAGUCGUUUCGAAAGUCUUCACGGACUAUUACCCAACAUGUCAAGAAAGUUGAAAAAGCAUGUAUGAAAUCUGCCGCAGAAGAAGUACGUGCUAAGAAAAGAACUGUCAACUCUGAUGACACUAUUCCUGUCGACUGUGGAAUUUCGUGUGAUGGCUCUUGGCAGAGAAGGGGGCAUUCUUCGCUGAAUGGAUGUGUUACCAUUAUCUCCAUGGAAACUGGGAAAGUUCUCGACGUUGAAGCCCUGACCAGCCACUGUAAAGAGUGCAAGUACUAUGAAAAGCUGGACAAAAAUAGUAAAGAAUAUCGAGAAUGGAAAGCCAAGCACACUAAGUGUAAUGCAAAUUACCGAGGAUCUGCUCCGGCAAUGGAACCAGAAGGAGCUUUACGAAUGUUUGAAAGAUCAGUGGAAGAGAAUAAUCUGCGAUACACAGAUUUUUAUGGUGAUGGGGAUAGCAAAAGCUUCUCUGAAGUAAAGAAUACCUAUCCUGGCAUUGAAGUGCAGAAACGAGAGUGUAUCGGCCAUGUUCAGAAAAGAGUAGGAACGGCACUCCGAAAAUUGAAGAAAGAUAAUCCCGGACUGGGUGGUAAGGGCAAGCUGACAAAUGCCAUGAUAGAUAAGCUACAGAAUUAUUAUGGCAUUGCUCUUAGGUCCAAUGUUGGAGAUCUGGGUAAGAUGGCAAAAGCCAUCCAUGCUAGUCUCUUCCAUUGUGCUUCAAGUGAUGCGAACCCUUACCAUACCUUCCAUUGCCCACCCGGUAGUGAUAGCUGGUGUCGUUACCAACAAGACAAAGCAAAUGGGACAAAAUUAUACAAACAUGGUCCUGGUCUUCCAAAGAACAUCAUUAAGCUGGUUAAGCCUGUGUACCAGAGACUUACUGAUAACAGUCUUUUGGAAAAAUGCUUGCACGGAAAAACACAAAAUCAGAACGAGGCUCUGAACGCUCUAAUUUGGCAAAGAAUUCCCAAGGAAGUCUUUGUUCACAGAGACUGCUUAGAGUUUGGGGUGUAUGAUGCUGUCUUACACUUCAAUAUUGGUUGCAAUGCAAUUGUUGAACUUUUCAAGUCAAUGAAUAUUCCUGCUGGCAAGUACACUGAAUUUGCCUGUCAUGCUGAAGACAAGUCUCGUGUAUCGCUCGCACAAUAUAAAAGCACGCCCAGAGCUAAAAAGAGAAGAAAGUUGAUCAGAGGACUAAAAAAGAAAAAGGAGGACAAGAACCAAGAAACAGAGGGACUAAAAUAUGGAGCAGGAGAGUUCUAG